GAAAUAACAACCAAAUAAGAAUAUUUGCAACUGUCUACAAGCUGCAGGAGAUCUCUGUGCAAUAACAGUCUGUUGUUUUUGUCUCUGGAGUAAUAAAAACGACUAAUAGUAUUUUAUUAAGUCGACCAAUUAAUCGAGUAAUUGGCUGAAACGAACACAAGGUUGAACUCGGAGUCUGACUGACUGAGAAGAUGCCACCAGCAGAGGAAUCACAUGGUGUAAACAAAGCUGUGGACAACAUCUGCAAGCUUUCUCCAGAUCUGUUGGCUGAAGCAUGUCAGCACAUUCUCACUUAUCUACAAGGCCACACGAGAGGAGUGGAUUCAGCUGAAAUAUCGGAUAGAUUUCAAAAAGCCGGAGUCAGUCUUGAACAUGACGCUCUACAGGACAUGAUCAGAUAUCUCUUGUUAACUUUCAGGUCAGCUGGGAAGAGCAACGUCUCUGGGGAUGACCUCGUGUCGCGGCUGGAGGAGAGCAGUAUCAAGUGGCCCAAAGCUUCUCUUCAGGCGCUGCACAAGCUGUGGAGCGAACACGGAGCAUCGGUCCAUGCUCAGCAGGAAGUCCAUUCCAUGCUCAGUAUCAGCCAGUUGGUGGACAUGCAGUGGAAGCUCGGCAUGGCGGUGAGCUCGGACACCUGCCGAUCUCUGAACUCCCCGUACGUGUCUCUGCUGCUGAAGAUCGUCGAGCCCUCGGGUCAGGUCACUCACAGGUCUUUUGAGAUGACCAUUCCACAGUUCCAGAACUUUCACAAGCAGUUCAAGGAGAUGGCAGCUGUUAUGGAGACUGUGUGAUGGUUGCAAACACACAUGAAGUGUUUGACCCAGUUACACUGAAGUUUACAUAUCAGAAAAACAGCUUGACGUGAGCGUCCGACCACUGCUUGUCUCAAGAUCCCUUUGCACUUCUCAAACGGUCGCACGUUGAAUAAUCUCCUGAAUGAUUCAGCUGGUUAAAUAGUUGAAAACGCCUUAACGUACUUUGCUAAAAAUGUAAGUGUACCUCCUCCCAAUGGCUCGUCCAGCUAUCUAUUAAGCCAAACUAAGACAGUAUAAAAAAAAAUAAAGAUGUGUGAUGUGAUUGAGCUUUAUUGCAGUAUACAGAGAAGGGUUUCUGGGUUCAUGUCAAACAGGUGAAACACCUUCCAGUGAGUCACGAUGCUCAUCAAGACAAGUUCAAUCACAUUCAACAUUUCUUUAUCAUGUGACUGUAUCAGAGCAGCUUUGCUUUAAGCUUGUGUUAAUAAUAAUAUUGCAUGUGUUGUAUAUAUAUAUGUAUAUAUAUAUAUAUAUAUAUCAACAAUGCUUAUACUGUAACUCUCUAAUUGUGCCAAAUUUGUUACAAAAUGUCUAACACCGACGAGGUUUAGAUGAACUAAAGCUGCACUAAACUUAGUUUGCCUCCAGUUUUGUACUAACUGAGACUUAGAAAUAUUGAAUUAUUUUGUUUAUUUUGCUUAUUUUAGCCUUAUUACAGGAUGUGAUGAAUCCACAUUACGGCAUCCUGUUAGCUGUAUACUUUCAGUUUGAGGUUUUUUUCUCUUGUCUUUGUGAUUUUUGUCAACGUCUAAAUUAUAAAGUCUUCCUGUUUGUUUUUCCUUUGUGCUGCUAAAAAAACAUUCUGUGUGCUUUUUUUUUCUACUGUGGUCAAUAACUAACUGAAGUAAUGCAAUAAACAAUUUUUUUAAAGUU